CGUUGGUUGAGCCAUGAGUGCGGCGAGCGAGAGGACGGGCGAGGGCGGCGGUGUGGCGAGCGACCCGGCGUCAUUCUGGUCGAACAACCCGCUUAAGGGGGCAAAGGAGGAGAGAAAGAAGGAGGGGAAGCAAGUGUGGAUGAAGCACCUUCUGGUGUCGUCGCACCUGGCUCAUCUCCUUCUUCGUCUCCCUCUUCGGCAUCCAACUCUUCGCCGGGUGUUGCUUCGACCUCUGUGGACGAGCAAGUCGACCGAGAGGUGACCUUCGAGUCUUCGCCAGCAAACCAAGCCUCCCCCUCUGGAACCAACUCUGCCAAGCCAGACACAACGUCUACUUCCUCUGAGCAUCUCCCUCCUGGUCCUGCUCCUGCCAUUUGGGCCUCCAGGUCUGCAUACCCGGCCUCUAACCAUGUCGAGGCCUUUCAGUCACUGCAUGCGGAGAUCGAAGAGUUUUCCAAGCAUGUGUCUGCAACCAAGGCGGAGGAGCAGAUGCGGGCCAAGAUCAUCGGGCGGAUCACCGAGGUUGUUGUCGGGCUCUGGCCAGAGGCGCGUGUGCUUGUGUGCGGGUCUGUGGCGACGGGGUUGUAUCUGUUUGACUCUGACAUCGACCUUGUUGUGCUUGGGACGGACAUGACGCUUGGACCUGUGCGACUGGAAAUGCUGAAGGAGGCGCUUGUGCAAGACGAGAUCACGACGGACGACGAGGUUCAGGUCCGCGGGGCGUCGCGGAUUCCAUUGCUACAGUUUGUGGAGGCGUACUCGCGGCUGACGGUAGACAUUUGCUUUGACGUGCUGGGAGCUGUGGAGAACGUGUCGUUUGUGCGGCAGUCGCUGUAUGCCAUUCCCGAGCUCAAGGCGCUGUACUUUGUGCUCAAGACGUUCCUCAAGCAGAGCAACCUCAACCAGGUGUUUUCUGGAGGACUCUCAUCGCACGCACUCAUUCUCAUGCUCAUCUCGUUUGAGCAACUGAGACCAAUGGCUGCGAGCGACGCGGCGACGCUGUCUGGGAUGGUGCUUGGGGCGCGGCUCACGCAGUUUCUGCAGUACUACUCGCUGGACUUUGACUACACGCAGGCGAUUUCCGUGCUGCAGGGCGGGUAUCUGUUCCCCAAGUCGAUCCGGCGGUGGCUGGACCCGUCGCGACCGGAGCUCAUUUCGAUCGAAGACCCGUCUGCGUCGAACGACAUCUGCCGGCAGAGCUACAAGUACCCGAUGGUGCGGUCGUACUUUGCCGAGGUUGGGCAGACGCUGCUCAAGUUUGUGUACGAGGGCGCUUCCGAGCCUGUGCCAUCGCUCCUCUCGACGAUGAUCUUCCCCGGCCCGUACGCGGUCUUCCACAAGCAGCGGCUGGAGAGCGUGGCCGGCUGGGCUGCCGGGCGCAAGUCGUACGCCAAGUACUCUGCGCAGCUCCAUGUGGGCGGCGGGCGGCGCGGGGUGCGCGGCGGGCGCGGGGCGGUGCGGGCGUCUGCGCGGCCGCGGGCGGCGGAGCAACCGGACCCGGACCUCUCGCUCGACUCUGCCGACAUCCACACGGUGAUGAUGCGGAACAUUCCGAACAAGCACUCUGCGGCGUCGCUGCUCGAGGUGAUCAACAAGUCGUUCAAGGGCACGUACGACUUUUUCUACCUGCCCAUCGACUUUAAGAACAAGUGCAACCUCGGGUACGCGUUCAUCAACUUUAUCGAGUCGCAGACCGUGGCGGCGUUUGCGAAGGCGUUUGACGGCGUCAAGUGGUCGUCGUUCAACUCGUUCAAGGUCUGCGCCAUCUCGCCUGCGCGCAUCCAGGGCAAGGCCGCCCUCAUUGCGCACUUUCAAAACUCCUCGCUUAUGUACCGCGAGAAGGCAUGCCGCCCGCUCAUCUUUGUCUCAUCAGGCCCUCGCCGCGGCGAGCCGCUGCCGUUCCCGUUCAACACGGGCGCUGCUGGGCCGCCCGGGCCGGGCGAGUGGAACUCGUCGCAGAGCUGCGGACCUGAAGCCCGCGACAGUAGCGCGUCGGCGUCGGGCCCGUCGGGCCCGUCGACCUCGACGCACCCCUCCCCUGCCUCGCACAGCGCUGCCGACUCUGCGCCGGGCUCGGGCCCGCCGCGCGACAUCUGCGCCGACAGCGAGCCGUAG